AUGCGUGAGCACUUGAGUAGCGCAUUGCAGUUGCAGAGCGUGGAAGCCUAUGAGAAUCUGAAGGCUUCCUGGCAGAGUGUCAGUUCAAGCGCAACUGCCCUUUUCAGUUCUGUUGCAAAGGUUGCGAGCGAUGUAGCAGAGCAUGUGAAGACAAGGGCGCGUGAAGCAAAGAGACAAGAAACAAGAAAGAGCCAACAGGAGAAACAAGCUGCUUUGAAAGCCAUUCGGGACCAGGCAAAGUCUGCCGCUGAUGAGAUUCGGUCAAGGGUAAAGCCUGUUGUGCAGGACCCUGUUUUCCUCAUUGAGAAUCUAAAAGAUGUCACACUUCCUGCCAAGGAGGUGAAAGGUGUGGGAGAAAUUCCUGGCUGGGUGCAGCCUUGGUUCAUCAAGGAUUGGCAGCCAGGCAUGGACUGCCUGAAUGAUGCAGCCCUCAAGAAGUCUUUGGACACCUUUGCCGCUCAGUACCGCAAGUUGGGUGACCCAUCUGGGCGGCAUCAGUACAACUUCAACUCCGCUCAGGCCAUGGUGGACAGUAUGUUCAAGCAAGUCACGCCGCCAUCAGUUCUCGACCUUGAGGCCGAUGAGAUUCCAAAUGGUGGCAAGUUCAUGGGUGCAAAGUGGUUCUACGGCUUUGAUCCUGGCAUGAACUUCUUGGGCCUGUUGCCGAACGGAGCAUCACAGAUCAGAAUUCAUGCCAGAGGUGAAGUGAACAUCACCAUGUUUUCUGUCCACCAGUUUGUUGAGAAGAUCUUGCGUGUCAACAAUGAUGCCUGUCCCUACACCAAGGCGUUGGCACUUGUCCAGAAGUGGACUGACAAAGAUGUUGAAACGGCCCGCAACUCAAAUGGGUUGACAAUUUACCAUCACAAGCUUGUGGCCAAUGAGGUUCUUUUCAUCCCUGACGGGUUCUUGUGCAUUGAGACUUGCGACCCUGGCAGCUCUGAAGUGUAUGGGAUGCGCAAGUCUUUCUUUUGCAUCGAGCCUGAGAGUUUGCAAAACUACAGAGCUGUUGUGGAGCUCUUCAAGAAUGAUGGGAGAGAAGUUGGGCAAAUGGAAGCGGUGGAACAAAGCUUGGACAAGCAUGUUGCCGCCGCUGCCAAAAAACAGCCAGCUGUGUCUCCUGGUGCCAAAAAGGCAGGUCCUGCAACGCAGCCAUGA